GUAGCAUUCUCCAGAACCAGGUUGGGAGAAAGAAAAUCAACCUUAUGGACAGAGAGCAGAAAUCUGGUUUUAUUUUGUGGGUUUUUCCCUCCUCCCGCUCCCCCUUCUUUUCCCAGUGUUGCAUGUGCUGCCAGUACUGAUGACUACCCAGACACUUCUGAGUAGGACAUCUCACUCUGCUUGGGACAGUUCACAUGUGCUCACCAGGCAGACAUUUGUCUGUGGUUGGCUCUAAAACCACAAGUUCCUGAAGCUGAAAUUGCAACAAAAUUUAGGAGUUUUAAUCAGAAUAGUAUUCCAAAAAGCCUUUGUCCAGUUACCUGUUAGUGUUCAAGUGGAGUUCUGCGUAUUCAUGUUCCCCGAAAAAUGGCAUUGUGGCAUUACCAGAACUACUGUAGGAUGGCUUAGCUUUUACAUUUCGUGGAGCUUUUUUUCCUCCUCUUUAUUUAACUUUUCCUAUGUUAAAAUGAAUAAUGCUGACACAGUUAUGUACUGAUAAAUACAGGGCAGUAUGAAGUUGAUAGAGUCUUGCUUCGCUGUAUUAAUCGGCUAACAUUUAGCCUUAAAAAACCCAAGCAAACUCAGAGCAUGGUUUCCUUCACUAUUUUAUUCUAGUUGAGUGAUUGCCUUAGUAAUUGUAUUUCUUAUAUAUGUCUGUGUUUUUUGGGGACGCAUUGGUAUUUAUCAUGGAUGUAAGUAUUAGUGACUGUAUCUCAAAGAAAAUUACCAUGGCUGCCUUCACCAAUGCUCCCCCUGCCCCGGACCCCCACCCAGUCUUCUGGAACUCCAGUUCAUAUCUUGGAUAUAAUGGAUAAAAACUGAUAUUUCAGCUAAUGAAAUUUUCAGUGACUCUCCUCACAAAGUGCUUGUCCUGGCUCUAAAAAAUGAGAAACUUACCUCAAUUCAUCCAAUACUAGUAUUACUUAAAAAAAUAAAGUGAAGCACAGGUUUAGAAGCUAUGCAAGAUAAGAAGGACUCAGCCUGUGGAGAGCCUAAUCCCAUAGAUCAGUAAUACAGUAUUUAAAUCAAUAUAUUUCCUGGCAGGGCGUCAGUGCAAAGAGGAGCAGUGGGGUAACGCGAUCUCCGAUGAAGUGAGCAGCUGCGUUCCAACCUGUGUCAGACGGGCUUGUCUGAAGUUUCUGGAGGAAGGAACGGAUCAGAGAAAUGAGACCGGAGAGGCGAUAUCCCUGCUGAAAAGUACCAGCCUCCCUCCCUGAAGAACAGUAGAGUUAUCACCAUUGCUUUGUGGGCUUGCGUUUCAAGAGAAGAGUGGAAGAGUAGCGUUGCCAUAAGGCAUCUUGUGGAGACCCCUAGAAGGAUGAUUUGGAAAUUCGCCUUGUCCGUUUUCCUGAUGGCAGCGCUGGUUCGAGUCACGGACACGAGGAAAAACCGUCCGGCGGGCGCCAUUCCCUCCCCUUACAAGGACAGCAGCAGCAACCACUCGGAGCGGAGGCAGCAGCUGAAUAAGGAGGUGCUGGCCUCCAGCCAGGAGGCCUUGGUGGUCACCGAGAGGAAAUACCUCAAGAGCGACUGGUGCAAGACGCAGCCCCUGCGGCAGACUGUCAGCGAGGAGGGCUGCAUAAGCCGCACCAUCAUCAACCGCUUUUGCUAUGGGCAGUGCAACUCCUUCUACAUACCGCGGCACGUGAAGAAGGAGGAGGAGUCCUUCCAGUCCUGCGCGUUCUGCAAGCCACACAAGGUCACCUCUUCCACCGUGCAGCUGGAGUGCCCAGAGCUGGACCCACCCUUCCGACUCAAGAAAAUCCAGAAGGUCAAGCAGUGCCGGUGCAUGUCUGUGAAUCUUAACAACUCGGGCAAACUGUGAGAGCAGGCGUGUGGCUACUGCUUGGUGUUGCCCCCAUCAGAUUUACUGCUGCCUCCCCUCUCCCACUGAGCUGACUGUCCAUUUUGUCACUUUGUUUCUUCUUUUCCUUCUUUUUUUUUUUUUUUUUGGUGUUCUGUUGUCUUUCAGGAGGCAUCUCUCGAGCAAGGAGAGGCUCCUUGCCGCUUGCCGACUGGAAUAACGCUGUUUAAUGGGCUGUGUGAGGCACUUCACCAUCAAGUUUCAUUAUAUUUCCAGUGUCAUUUGGCGGUUGAAUCUGCUGGAGUGGAGCAGGCUGCCAGGAGUUGCGAUCGAUCCUCUAAGUAACCAGUUGGCUGAAACCAGCAUUAAAUGUUUCCACUGUGUGGAGUAAAGCCCUCUGCCCUACACUCCAGUCCCCUCCACGAGACGAGGACGCCUUCCCCGUGCUUUGGGCCGGAGCUCGCCGCUCCCACUUGGAAGUGCUGGGGCGCUGCCCAGGGCUGGGGGACGCAGAUGAGGGACGAGUAACCUGCGAGAAGCAAGCGAGGCUCUCUGACGAGGCUCAUCUCCUCAAGACAACUUUAAUUGUGCAAUGACAAACGGUUCCGGGCUUCUUGUCUGAAGGCAGAUAAGGAGCGAGGGGAAGAGGGCAAGGCGCUGGGUCAGCCACCGUCACCGCGGAGCAGACUGAGGGUGGGUUCUGAUGCUGUUGUGGUUAAGAGUAUAUCCAACACGUGGUCUCUGCAGCAGUGUUUAUUUUGUAACCUAGCUAUAGUAAACAACUGUUUUAAAGUAUUAUAGACCUAGCCAUGUAUAUUUUUCUUGUGGCAGAAUGUGCCGGAGAUUAAAAUACGUUGAGUAAGAGACUCGGUUGCUAGGUCAGCUGCCUGGCUUAAAAUGGACAUGGUUUAACUGGGCUUUCGGUAGGUUUUUGUGUGUUAGAUGUGUGUGUGUGUUUCUUACUCCAGGAAAGACAACACCCAUGUAUGACCUUAUAUUUAUGCCUGCUCAGACCAGGGUAGGUGGGAGGGUAGUGGGAGAGAUGCUGAGAACACUUAAGGGAACAAUGUUUCCCUUAAGGUAUAAAAGCACUGUCGCACAAAGGAUAAAAUUUGGUCAUGGCUGGACUGAAUACAAAAGCUACAUCAGUGUCAUCAGGUUUUGGGAGUGGUGUCUCUCCCAUGAUUGGAAACCACGUUAAUGUGUUAGUGUUAAAGGACAAGCCCAUCAGUCAGUGCCGCUGGAAUGGGUCACAGCUGUAGGAGCAGGGAGAGAGUAAGUGGUAAUUGCUACAGUACUGGUGGUCUGCGCGGGUUUUGAGUUCUACGUAAUCAGUGUCGGUGAACACUUGCAGUUCAUUUAAAAUCAUACUGUGUUGUUAUUCAGUUGAUGGAGUUUAGCAUGUCCUGUAUAAUCUGUUUGUUACAGAUCAGAACUGUAUUAGUCCCAGCUGCAUUAAAACCCCAUGUCUCAAAACAAACCAGCCCCUUCCCCCCAACCCAGAGCCCAUGCGUGCUCAAUUGUCUGAAGCUUACAAAUUAAAAAUGACACGCCGACUCCCUGAUGCAUGUCUCGCAGUUCAGCAUCUGCAUCUCGUGAAACCAGCUUGCGGUGGGAGCCCUUCCCCACCAGCCUCUUCACAUGCAGCCGCUUCAACGGGUUAACGUGCCUGGCCCCUGCUGCCAGCCAGGGGUUCAGUGCCACAGGUCGCUGUUCUGUGCGACAGCCGGCUCUAAGAGGCUUUCGGGACUGAGCUCCACCAGAGCUUGCCAAGCGGUUUACGGGGCUCGGCGUGGGCAGGGUGAGGUUGGUCAGGUCUGUUAGCCUGAUUACGUGAACGGCUGUGGCUUUUCUGCUGUGCUCUUUCAGCUUGUCAGCAGGGCACGGGGAGGUUCCUCGCACGGGGAUUGCUUUAUCAGUGCUCGCUGCUGCCCUGCCAGCAUCGUGCCAGCCACCAGGCCAGCACCGGUCAGGCCAAGCUCGAGCACUGGUGUGGCUGCGGGGAGCUGGGCGGGGGGGUAAGGUGGCAAUAACUACAGUCAAAGACUCCUGGGAUCUCAGUCUCCACUUGAAAGAAAUGAAUGGGAAGUCUGGCAUUUUGGACUAGAGAAUGAAAAGCACCCUAAUAACUUCAGUUAAAAAAAAAAAAAAAAAAAAAAAAAAAAAAGUGCAAGAAUCUUUAUGUUUAAGCUAUGCCCUGCCUGGGUUUUUCACCAGUUUGCAAUAUGAAUAUGCUGCAGCUUAAAGCUCCUUCUAGGAGCUGUGUUUAUGUAAAAACUGAGUUGAGCUUGUAAUGGUUAAAACUGUAUUUAAUUCUUGUUUUAUAAAUGAAAACAAAAAUGAAGAAAUGCUUUAAGUAUAAUGUAAUUAUUUUAUAGGUCUACUAUUAAAUUAUAGAUUAAAUAAUAAAGCUACUCUAGGGUUAUAUGGCA